ACAUCACUGCCAACGAUCUACCCCGGCAAACCCACCCUUCCCGACCCGAACUCACAAUUCUAGCCUGCCAUGGCUGACGUCGACGACACCGCGACCGCGCCGGUCAACGAACCGCUCGACCUCGUCCGCCUGUGCCUCGAUGAGGUCGUCUUCGUCAAGCUCAGAGGUGACCGCGAGCUGAAGGGCCGCCUGCACGCGUACGACAGCCACUGCAAUGUGGUGCUGGGCGAUGUGGAAGAGACCAUCUACGUGGUAGAAGAAGACGAGAACGAGGAGGAAGUCGUGAGGACGGUCAAGAAGCAGUCCGAAAUGCUCUUCGUCAGAGGCGACUCCGUUGUACUGAUUUCGCCUUCGGCCCCUUCGUAACGAAACAACGGCACGAAUCUGUUUGAUAUGAUAUCAUUGGUCAUGGGCAAGGGGAGGAACGUGAAGAGAAUCGUCGGGAUUGCCAUAUCCGAACUGGAGGGAAUCAAGUAGCAUGGGAUCGGAUCUGCUUGCGCAUCCAUAUUCCAUGCAUGACGUUGAACUGAGCAUGGGCGCUAAGCUCCUGAAAGACAGUUUGGUUGGUUUGAUGCCUCAGGCACAUGUUGCCUCAAAAGGGAAAGCGCCACCAACAGAACAGAUUAAAUGAGAUACUCCGUCAUUGGUGGAGCCCCGUGAUAUACACGAGGGCCUCCUGCUAUCGGCAUGCAAGAGAC